ACUUGCUGAACUAACCUGAUAACGCUUGAAUUGUUAUCUCGGAUAACCUACUUGGCAAAACAGAGAGAAAGAGAAGCAAUCGACAUGGGGUCUCGUGACAAGCGCUUCGCAAGCUCGACACCACGUGACCUCGUGACUUCAGAGAUGAAGAUGGGUGGACCUUUCGGCUGCGCGGCGUUCGCUAUAUUAUUUACAGCAUACACGUUUUUCAUUGCUCUGAAAUGUCAAAUGGGAGCCUGGGACUUAUUUUCCAUACCGGAGUUACCAAACAGAGCCCUGUUACUGGACACGAAAGUGACCACGUGCGUUGUCGUCUGGUUCCUCCUCCAAUGCGCCAUUUACAUGUCUCCAGUAGGCGGAAGCAUGGAAACAGGAGCGUUGCUUACUUCUGGUGUACAACACUUAUACAGAGCAAACGCUCUCUUCGCUUUGGCGAUAAACAUCUUUGUCCUGGGGACAGCAGUCGUGUUUGGUUAUGACGUCACAAGGAUUGCUGCGUCGCUGAUACAACUGGUAACGUCAUCGAUAACACUAUGUCUCAUCGCAAGCGUGGUACUCUAUCUCAGAGGACGACGACUGCAACCAAGCGAUAGAAAUCCAAAUGGAAAUAAAGGAAACAUAGUAUACGAUUGGUUUAUGGGUCAGGAGCUGAAUCCAAGAUGGCGGAAUCUGGAUUUUAAAUACGUAUUAUUCCGCAGCGCAAUAAUUGGCUGGAUACUUAUAAACAUCUGUAAUAUGGUUGAACAUUAUCAAAGAUACCAGUCUUUAAACAUAACGCUACUAGUCUUAAAUGCCGUGCAGCUUUACUAUGUGGCGGACUACUUUUACUUCGAACGCGGAGUGAUCGUGUCACGCGAUAUAGUCCACGAAGGAUUGGGGUACAACAUUCUGCUGCAAUUUGUAAUGAUACCGUUCUGCUUCUGUAUCCAGACGAGAUUUGUGGCAUCCACAAAUUACCAACAAAGCACAUGGACUGUUUUGUCGAUCACAUUAGUCUAUGUUCUAGGUUUCUACAUCUACAGAGUAAGUAACUCUGAGAAAAACGACUUCCGCAAGAAUCCGCAUGACCCAAAGCUUUCGCAUCUUAAGACCAUUGCCACGAAAUCGGGAAAGCACCUGUUGAUAAGCGGCUGGUGGGGAACAUGUCGACACCCAAACUACUUGGGAGACCUUAUAAUCUCGCUCAGCUACGCACUGUUUACAGGCGUCACUCACGUGUUACCAUACCUGGGCACGGUGUUUCUCAUGCUUCUUCUUAUCGACCGGGAGAGAAUGGACGGUGAAGACUGCAAACGCAAGUACGGGCCGGACUGGGAAAGAUACUGCAGCAUUGUGAAAUAUAGAAUCAUUCCAUGGCUAUACUAAUAUAACUGUGGAUAUUGUUUAGUGUACUAAUUACACUGUACUCGCUAUCGCAGGGAUAUAUACUGCAGCAUUGUGAAAUAUAGAAUCUCCCCAGGGAUGUAUGCGUCGCGUUCUGAGAAAAAUGGGCAUAAUGCAUGGGCGUUAAAUGUCAUCCCAGAUAAGCCCGUGCAAUACACACAGAAUAAUCAGGGAAGACACUUUCCGCUUGUAUGACACUUUUCGAUUAAAUGAGUCUUCUAAAAAAAAAUCCAAUUUAAGCGUAAAGUGUCGUCCCUGAUUAGCCUGUGUGGACUGCACAGGCUAAUCUUGGACGACACUUUACGCACAUGCAUUAUGUCCAGUUUUCUAAGAACUUGCCUCUAUUAAUCUAAUCUUUCUGAAAAUGUGUCAAUGUACUUAAUACACUGAACACCAAUCUCGGACGUAACACACAAACAUUUGGACAAUGUCGGUAGUCAUACUGCAGCAUUGUGAAAUCAUGAUAUCUGUGUUAAUUAAGUACAAAGAAAUAACAUAAGACCCCAGACCUUUUUUCCUGUCUUUGUGAAUCAGCUUUUGACCCAUGACUUUGUGAAAAAUGAGUAUAAACUUUUCAAAAUUGUGAAAACUUGUAAAACUUGUGAAAUUCAGUUUGUUAUAUAUAUAAUAUUUAAAGCAUGUAUAAUAUAAAAAUUUCUUCAAAUGAUGCAUAAAAUCAUAUUUUCAUUC